UAUUCCUUUUGUAUCCCCUUUAAAAGGGAACCUAUGUAAUUACCAAAUCAAGUAAGAAGAGAUAAUCUCUCUCUUUCUCAUCUUCAAAUCUCUUUCUCUCUAAUCUCUCUAAUCUCCAUUUCCGCUUAUUCUCAGUCCCAUUCUCGCAACCUAAUCUCCACAUUCUUACAUGGUAUCAGAGCCAUAAAGCUCCACAUACUCGAUUCUUCUUGCAAAUCUUCUUCUUUUCCAAUCUUCAUUCUCUUUUCGAUUCUUCUCACCAUGGAGAACACCAAGAUUCGUGCUCCAGUCACCCUCAAAGGAGGAAACUACUUGCUUUGGGCAAGAACCAUGAAGACCAUCUUGUGCGGUCGUGGAUUCUGGCCUCACAUCAUUAAGAGUGAAGCACCAAGAGAGACAACCACGAACGAAGAUGGCUUGGAGAUCGCCCUUGUUGAUGAAGACAAGUGGUUCCAAGAAGACCAAAUGGUCUUAUCAGUUCUCCAAAACUCCCUUGAAGCAUCAAUCCUUGAAGGAUACUCCUAUUGUGAGACUCCCAAGGAUCUUUGGGAAACUUUGCAAAAUGUCUUUGGAAACCAAUCCAACCUAAGCCGUGUUUUUGAGAUCAAGAAAGCCAUCAACGAGCUGACCCAAGGAGACAUGGAUUUCACUCAACACUUUGGGAAGUUUCGGUCUCUUUGGGCCGAGCUUGAGAUGUUGAGACCCAACACUCUUGAUCCGGCGGUCAUCAACGAGAGGCGUGAGCAAGACAAGGUCUUUGGUCUACUCUUCACCUUGAGUCCGGCGUACAACGACCUCAUCAAGCAUCUUCUCCGUGCUGACAAGCUCCAAAACCUUGAAGAAGUGUGUUCUCAAAUCCAAAAGGAGCAAGGAUCUCUCGGGUUGUUUGGUAGCAAAGGAGAGCUUGUCUCGGGCAACUCAAGUGAGCUUGCAUCCGCCAACCGUGGGAACUUCAAUGCCAACCGUGGGAAAGCUCCAUGGUGUGAUCAUUGCAAACGGAGUGGACAUGCCAAAGAGAAGUGCUGGAUUCUUCACCCUCACCUAAAGCCAGCACGAAGAGAGCCAAGAGCAAACCAAGCUACCGGAGGGAACCUUGGAGGCCAAGAGCAAGCCGGAACAUCAAGUCAAGCCUUGGGAGGAAAUGGAGCCGCAAUGAUGGCCUCUUCCGACCUUGUGAGACGUUCUGACCUCGACGCACUCAUCAAGGCUCUCAAAGAGUCUUCCGGAUAUUGAGACUAGUAGAGUGCUUGGUCAUGGAGGUACA